UCUAAAUCUGCCUACUCUGACAGAAAAGAGGAAACAACAAUGGCAUAUGCCAGAAAUGUCAUUUGCGACGUGAUUAUCUCCAUGCAGAGUGACCUUCGAGAUUUCAAGAGUGCAGAAAAUGUAGAGCAAGCAGCUCUGAUUCAUAAGAUCCUUGGUGCCAUGUUGAAUGAAGUGCAAAUGAUUGACAUCAAAAUAGGCAAGGAUAGGCCACAAAGCCAUCGACUGCCGUCACCCUCUUCUGCUGACUCAGAAGUAAAUGACCAGAACAGACUCCGUGACACUCCUGAUUCCCCUGAGGUACCUAUCAAAGGGAUUUCCCCUGUUCUCGUGUGUUCCAAUAUUGGAAUGAAGGACUCGUCAUUGUCUAGUAAAUGUUCACACGAGACCAUCACUCAUGUGGUAGACACCAUCUUCGAAUCGGGGAAACGUGUUCACAUCACUAGAAGACUGGACGAAUUAAUGUCAGACACCAAAAUGAUGGAGUAUUCUCAUAAUAUUGCAGGUGAAGUACAGAAGCUCCUUAAAAAUUAUCAUGGUGUCCAGACUAUAUCUGUGCCAGUGGGGAAGAGUCUCUCAGACUCCGUCCUGUACAAGUUGCGACCAAGAGCCGUAGGAAAGAAUGAAAUUCCAUCAGGUUUCAUUUACGGUUAUGUAGAGGAGGCUGUAAAGCGACUUGUCCUGUCAUUUUUAUUCCCCUCAAUCUCUUCAUCAACGUCUGAGGAGUUUGGGAGCACAGUGGAUGUAUUCACGCAAGUGAUGACACAAGUAGUCAUGGAGACACUUUCCACACAGUCACAGGAUAACAUAGCUUCCUCACGUAACAGCACUGAUGACAUCAAGGAAUUGGUCAAGGAUGAUCAGAAACUGUCAGACAAACAGGCACAGGACACCAAAACGCCAUCUUUCACUAGUAGCUCAGACAAUGUGCUCCCACACAUUUUUGAUGAACAUGGUGAAAGAGGUACCUCUUUGUCUCACUUAAGUCUCUUAGAGUCCAAUAACUAUGCCUCCUUGGUGUCUAUGCUGGUCAUCCAACUUCUGAAGAAGAUUAAUAGUUUACACCAGAAUAUUGAUCAGAACACACUUCCAGAUGAUGUUCUGGAUAUGUCCAAUGACUUGAUUGUGGAAGUUCUGAAUCAGCUGAAUAUAACUUUUGGCAUCAGAAGUGAUGGACAUCAUCCACAGGAAGUGAAUAUUCACCAAAUUUUCAGAGUUGUUUACAAGGAGCUCACUCAGGACUUUGGGUCUGAAAACAUACUCUGUUCUGCCCUGAAGUCACAAAAUCCAUCUUUGACAUCUUCACUGGUAGAAAAACUGACAAAGGCAAUUGUAAAGACAUGUAGCCCCCCGAGCACACCAGCAUCUGCAUGUCUACCACCAAGUCAAACUGCAAUUGGACCUCAGAAAAAAAGAGAGGAAAAGACAAGGAACAACAUGUUUCCCUUUCGGCUGAAGAUGCCGACAUUCAACUGGAAGAAAUCAAGGAGAGGAGAACUCAGUGACUGCAAGGAUUCUCCUGUUGCAAAGACAAGUUCGUCUAGAGUUCAGGCAAAUGCAUCCUUGUCUGAGUUGAGAGAGUCUCCUGUGUCUGCUGGUCCACUGGAGGUGCCACUGGAGGAAGCGACCGUGGGGUGCUGUUUCUUCAGGAUCCCCAAGUUCAAGCUCUCCUUCAAGAAAUUAAUGAGAGGUGCUAAAGUUGCACAUUGUGACUAUGUCAACUCAAGUGAAGAAACCAACAAUGUGCCAGGCUGUGCAACAUCCUCUCAUGAGAUUCAGCUUGAAAAGACCACUGCUGAGCUCACUGCCUCUGAGGGUCCAACCAAACCAGAAGAGACUGUAUCAGGGCUUGCCAACGCAUCCUCUCUUGAGAUGUGACCUUCUCACUGGAAUCAACUACACCAUCAGAUUAUCUUUUCUACACCUAAA